ACCAAUGGACUCUCGAAUUAUCUGUCAGUAAUCAGAAUUUUAUCGAAAACACCUGAAAAUAUGAAUGAUAACACGUGCUCUAACACUAUGUUGCACUUUGCCCUUUAUAUAUAGACGUUGAAAUUCGCGAAGGUGAUUUCACGUUACACCCGGAUUAAAUUUCGAAGAAAAAAACCGGCAUUCAGAUGUAUUGAAAAGAUAAGACGUUUUCCUUCUGUUUUGGAAUGAAGACCAAAUAUAAUUGAAGUAAAAAGCAUUGAAGUAUAAACAGUAAAAUGACGAGAUAUUUCGAAAAUACUUCGGUCUUUAACUUCAGUUGGGAUCAAGUUGCGCGUGGUUACUGGAGGAGAUACCCAAAUCCGCAGAGUACUCACGUCCUAUCUGAAGAUACAUGGAGCCGACAGGUUCGCGACGGUUGUCUUUAUACAAAGCGGCUCCUGACUAAAACCAACAGAGUUCCAAAAUGGGGUGAAAGAUUUUUCAACGCUAAAUCCGUUAAAAUAAUCGAAGAGAGUGUCGUUGAUCCGGAAAAGAAGAUUCUCGUAACAUACACCAGAAAUUUAGGGUACACUAAAGUGAUGAGUGUAGUUGAGAGAGUAGAGUACAGGUCGGCCGGCCCGGGCCAGACCGUGGCCAAGCGCUCGGCGUGGAUCGACUCGCAGGUGUUCGGCUUCUCGCGAGCCAUACGGGCAUUCGGCAUCGAAAGGUUCAAGAAGAACUGCUCGCAGAUGGCGAGCGGGUUCAACCAUGUCCUGCACAGCAUGUACCCGCGGCCCGCGAGCCCCGCCUCCGGCAUGGCCCUGUCUCUGAAGGAGAUGCGCGAGGCGGCCGCCGCGGCCACGGAUCGCGCCAAGGCCAACGUGCUCUCGUCCGUGCAGAGGACGUAGCCCGAAGACGCUGACGCGCGCUAGAGCGUAGGCCCGCAGUGACCCUGGCCAGAUGCUCGACAGUUUGCGUUUGAGGGUAGUUAAGUAUUGAACGUUCAUGUUCACGAUACCAAUGAAAAUUGUGAAUAUCAUCUGUGAAAGCUUACUGAACUUCACGACCACAACUUUUGUGGUGUGUUAAAUGUUAAUGAUAGCGGCUUUCUCUUGUGCUGUGGCGAGCCCGCAAUGUAUACUGUUUUACAACGUUUCGAAUGUUGAAAGUCCCGUAUUUAUUUGGAAACUACCCUCCUAAUUUUUUUUGUAAUUGCCACUUCGUUUUUACAAAACCAUGAUAGAAACACGUUUAGACUGUAAUUAAAUGUAUUAUAGUUGAAGUAAUUACAGUAAUUUUAUGUAAAAAAAAUAUAACCAUAACGUGAAAAUAAAUUAAAUAAAUUUCAUACUAAAAAUAUGGUUACUGUUUUGAAAAGUUGUGAAAAAAGUUGUUUUCAAUGUGGGCACAGACGUGUCGUCCAAACAUGUGCUAACAGUAUAUACACACCUUUACGUAAAGAACACGCAGAGAAUUCGGGAGUCCGUCAUAUCUCGCAGGAUCCUUGAAAACGUAACUUGUCAUGUCUCUGACAUUGUCGUUGUGUAAUUCCCAUAUAUCUCACCUAUGGUCGAC